UCUUCUUCUUCUUCUUUGUUUCCCAGCUGAACCAAUACGUAUGAACUCUUGCCCAACUCGCUUUUUGGGAGUGUUCCCUCUGACUUGCGUAGGUAAUGUUUUCACAUGAUGUCCAUGGCAUGUUUUUUGCGUAUGGAUUGCAGGAUGUUGGAGCCGGAGCCACCGUUUAGGCCGAGAGAGAAGCUCAUAGAGAAGCAAAAGUAUUUCCAAAGCAUCAACAAGCCCACGUACCUGAAGGGACCUUACGACAAGAUCACCUCCGUCGCCAUCCCUCUCGCGCUGGCCGCCACUGCCAUGUUCAUGACCGCACGGGGCAUCUAUAACAUGGCCCGCGGGAUCGGGAAGAAGGACAUGCUAUAGCUCUAUUUCAACGUACAUACGAAGAAGAGUCGGAAUGGUGUAAGACGAGGUUAUGUAACAUCUGUGUAUAAUCAAUCAAAGGACUACCUUUAGAUGUUGAGAGAAGUCGCGAUGUACCUAUGCACUGCAAGGCCUGACAAAGAUGUUCUUCACUAGAAAAUGCAAAAAAGCAAACCAUUCCAUCAUCAAAUGAUUAAAAUUCCAGCUUA